AUGCCUGUCCCCAAGAAAGAGGGCGCGUCGAGCGGAGGUGGUGCCGCCAGGGCCGAUGGCCGCGGGCAAAAUGGAAAUCGAUCAAACUUUCGCACAGACACAGCUAUCUCCAACAGCCGCCUUGGAAACGAACGCACAUUGCAGCCAUGGAUUCCUGAUGCGGCUGAUGGUGUGGAUGGCAGUCUGGAAGCUACGGCCGCUAGUGGACACUGGGACCAGUUUGCAGCAAACGAGAAGCUGUUUGGCCUACGAACUGAUUACGAUGAGAGCUUAUACACUACGGCCAUUAACAAGACCCACCCCCAAUUCCGUGAGAGAGUGGCCGCUGCCGACAAGAAGGCCAAAGAAAUCGAGCGUAGCGUUGCAACAACUGCCCAUGUUGCUGAGGAGCGCGUAAUGGACUAUGCUGGUGGUACCGGUGCUGGGGCCCAAAACGAAGAAGACAAGUACAGUGGUGUUCUCCGCCAGGACUUUCCUCCUUUAUCUGGGGGUGGCCGAGAAAACAGGUACACGCCUCCUGCAAAACGAGCACCUACAUCUCAGUCGACCGUGAAAGGCGCACCUGUUGACCCGGCUAUUAUUUCAUCACAACUCAAAGCUCCUGUCAAGAGACAGGCCGCUUCGACGGAGCAAACACGGCCACAAGCCUCAGAGGGGAUUAAGAAUGGCGUUCCUGUAAAAGCAGAGCCUCCGAAGGCGUCUACGCCCAAGACUACGGAAGAAACGCCUACCGAGUCCAAGCCUUCCCCUGUUCUGAACCUUCCUGCCGAAUCUCAGACACCCGAAUCAAAAACUACAGAGAAGGUGACCACUACCGGUCCGUCUUCUACUUCAUCCUCCCGAAAUGCGUCCUCCCAGCCAAAAGAACAGACCCCAAGCGCUACAGCUACUGUUGAGCAUGACGUCUUGAACUCUUUCAGGAGCUUUGCGUCCCGAGAGCGCGACAAUUUAGAGAAGGUUCGGAGCCACAAGGCCCGAGCUGAUAAGGAAGUCAAGUUGAACGAACUGAAGAAUUUCUCUAUUAGUUUCAAAUUGUCAACCCCGGUCCCCAAAGACCUUGUUUCGAUUAUUGCAAAAGACCCUGCAAAGCAAAAGGAAAUACAGGCAAAGGCCAUGAAAAAUGCGGAGGAUAUGGCCAAGACCAAGGCGGAUUCUGGUAGCAAGGACAAGGCCCAGCCCGUCAAGGACUCCGUAACGGCCAAGACUCCUGACACCAACACUUCUGCUAAUACAAGUGAUGGUCGUUCGUCACGAAGUGCUGUGGUACCACAGGCAUCUGGACCAGCUGGCAACGGUAGCAGGCAUACUGCACCUCGCCAAUAUUCACAGCAGCCGUUCCAUGCCCAACCUUUCCGGAGCAACCGAGGUCCUCAACAGCAGACCGGGAACCUUGCUCAAAGGCUUCGCAAUGUCGAGCAGCAAAGAUAUUCGCAGCCACCUGUCACUACGUCACAUAAUCUCGGCCAUGAAAUGCGUGCUCCCCCUACAGGCCCAUCUGGCAAUGUCGAUUCUGGCUUUAACAGGCGACUAAGCGGGGCUCCUGGUCAGAUGGGCGCCAAGUUGAAUCCCAACAGCCAUGAAUUCCGGCCUAGUCCCUUUGCUGCUACCUUCAAUCCCAAUAGCCAUGCCAGUGCUGGCUCUAGCCCACGGACCUCGGUCAACCAUGUCGCUGAAAGUCCUGUUCCCACAGCACCACAAACACCCGUCAUCCGCCGUAAAACGAAGAAGGUGGAUGUGAGCAAGUGCUUGAUUCUGUCACACAUCAGAACUGUGGCACCUCCCGCCGGCCGUAACUGGGACGACAAUGGCGGAUUACGUCCAUCAUUCGACACCUUACCAACGUGGCGACAGUUAAAGGACGAUGAAAAGCCCGAAUCGACCAUGCAUCUCACAUACACGGAACACUUUGACCGACAGCCGUUCAACGGCCCCUCGGCCGCGACCCCAAAUCCCACACAUGUUGUUCCUCAGAUGCCACACCAGCACCAGCUUCCAUUCCACCUUCAGCAUGGUGCCCAUGGCUUGGGAACUCGACAGUCACCACAUAUGGCACCUAUGCAAAUGCACGCACCACAGCAUGGUCCGGUGCCCAUUCCGCCAUACGGUACUGAGGAUCAUCGGAUGAUGCCCUCUAACUCAGCUCAGUCGUUUGCCUCUCCGCGUAUGGGUCAGCUUCCAGUUGCGUAUCCUGGCCAAGUCCCAUAUCAACAGCCGGUUUUCAUGGGCCCUGGCAACCCGCAAAUGGGACAAUACCGCAGCUUCUCCAACAAUCCUCAUUACGUGCCACACCAACAAAGCCAGAUGGCAGGCCCCAUGAUCAUGCAGCCCCAGUUCAUCCAUCCCCAAGGAAUGGUUGCGGCUCCUCAGAUGAUGUACCAUGGCGGCCAUCCACAGUACAUGCCGCCAACUGGGCCACCGCAGCCAGGUCCAGGCGGUAGUGGCUAUCCCAGCCCAGGACGCCCAACUGCACCUGUCAUGAUGCAUCAAGGCUCCCAACAGGGCCAGCCAGUGUAUGGCAUGAGCCCCAGCGUGCAGUACAACCAGCCUGCAUACGGUCCAGGGCAGCCCAGUGGACCAAGUCAGUGA